AUGGGCAACGACGUCUUCCGACACAAUGGUUUCACCAACACGGUGACUACCAACAACCACAUCACUGCCGCUGGUAGUGAUUGGUACUGGACUGUUUGUUCGGUCAUGACCGUUUCCACCCUCGCCCUCAUGGCCCUGUCCUUUUUCAAGCAGCGAUCCCAGCGUCUGCUCUACUACAUCGCCGCUGGCCUCACUCUGAUCCCUGCCAUCUCGUACUUCUGCAUGGGUUCCAACUUGGGCUGGACCGCCAUCUUGGUUGAAUGGGUCCGCAGCGACCCCAACGUUCACGGCGACAUGCGCCAGAUCUUCUACGUCCGCUACAUCGAUUACUUCAUCACCUUUCCCCUCCUGUUUACCCUGUUGUUGUUGACCUGCGGUCUCCCCACCUCGACUCUCCUGUACACCCUGCUCAUGGGUGAGGUCUGGGUCAUUAUGGCUCUCGUCGGUGCUCUCGUCCACAGCGAAUACAAGUGGGGUUUCUUCACCUUCGGAACUGUCGCACUCUUCUUCGUCGGCUUCGCCCUCAUCUACGAGGGACGUGCUUAUGCCCGCGUUCUCGGACAAGAUAUCCUCCGUGUCUACACUGUAGUCUCUGCGUGGGUCGUCUCCCUCUGGAUCGUCUACCCUAUCAUCUGGGGUGUUUCCGAGGGUGGUAACGUCAUCCCUCCCGACUCUGAGGCCGUCGCUUAUGGUGUCUUGGAUAUCUUGAUCAAGCCUGUCACCGCUGCCUUCCUCAUCUGGGGCAUGCGCAACGUCGAGAUGGAGCGCCUCGGCAUCCACAUCCGCGAUGUCAAUGCCGCCCCAGGUACUGCUCCUGUGACCGAGAAGCAAGCUGAGGCUGCUGCCGCCGGCGAGGGUGUCACUGCCCCCGCCGCCGCCGAUACCACCGCCACCAGCGCUGUGUAA